GAGGCAGCGGCCACGGAAAAACUGGCUCCUUCUGGUUUCCAGGCAUAAAUACAAAGCGCAGCCGGUCUGAGGGGAAAACGGCACAAAGAAAAACGGAGCACUCUGAGGUUUUACAGCUGAAGACCAAGAGAGUCAGCCUUCAUUGCAGAGGAGUUUGGACGGCAUGCAAAGUUGUGAAAUUUCCUCAGACAGCACUGAUGAUCCUCUUAGUAGCGGCCUACGUAUUCAUCGGCAGCCUCGAAUAGUAGUGAUUGGAGCUGGCUUGGCUGGCCUGGCAGCAACUAAGAUCCUACUGAAAAACGGCUUCACUGAUGUCUCUGUCCUAGAGGCAUCGGACCACAUCGGCGGGAGAGUUCAGAGCGUUCAGCACGGAAAAGCAACUUUGGAGCUUGGAGCUACCUGGAUCCAUGGUGCCAAUGGGAACCCAGUAUACCACCUGGCGGAGGACAACGGGCUGCUUGAACACACCACAGAUGGGGAGAGGAGCGUGGGACGCAUCAGCCUGUACACCAAGAACGGUGUGGCUCACUACCAGACCAAUGUCGGGAAGAGGAUCCCCAAGGACCUGGUGGAAGAGUUCAGCGACCUGUACAAUGAGGUGUACGAGCUGACUCAGGAGUUCUUCAAGAACGGGAAACCCGUCUGUGCUGAGAGCCAGAACAGCGUUGGCGUUUUUACACGAGACGUGGUCCGCAAGAAGAUCAUGGUGGAUCCUGAUGACUCUGAGAGCACCAAGAAACUCAAACUGUCUAUGCUGCAGCAGUACCUCAAGGUGGAAAGUUGCGAAAGCAGUUCUCCCAGUAUGGACGAGGUGUCCCUGAGUGAGUUUGGUGAGUGGACGGAGAUCCCCGGGGCACAUUAUGUCAUUCCUGAAGGUUUUAUGAAGAUCAUGGAGCUGCUGGCCCAGGACAUCCCCUCCCACACCAUCUGCCUUCGCAAGCCGGUGCGCUGCAUCCACUGGAACUACUCAGCCCAGCAUCAGGAGGUGAUCACUAAGAGCAGCGACGACAACCACAAUGAAAACAACCACAGCAGCCAGCCUGUGAUGCGGGGUCACCCUAUCGGCGUGGAGUGCGAGGAUGAGGAGUGGAUCAUGGCCGACCAUGUGAUCGUGACGACCUCUCUGGGCGUGCUGAAGCAAAACCACGAAGCCAUGUUCUCGCCCUCUCUUCCCGAGGACAAGGUCCUCGCCGUCGAGAAGUUGGGCAUCAGCACCACCGACAAGAUAUUCUUGGAGUUUGAGGAGCCCUUCUGGAGCCCUGAGUGUAACAGCAUCCAAUUUGUGUGGGAGGACGAGGCCCAACUGGAGCAGCUGGCCUACCCCGAGGAGCUGUGGUACAAAAAAAUCUGCAGCUUUGAUGUUCUCUAUCCACCUGAGCGCUACGGCUACAUGCUGAGCGGCUGGAUCUGUGGGCAGGAGGCGCUGUACAUGGAGCGCUGCGAUGACGAAACGGUGGCCGAGACCUGCACUGAGCUGCUGAGGCGCUUUACAGAAAGGCUGAGAGAUAAUACCGCUGAAUGACUAAGGUACCUUGUUUGUGUUCAGUGAACAGCAGCUUACCAGUCCCAUGUCACCGCUCAGAGAGCUGAUGUUGCACAAGGCGGAGAGUCAUUUAUUGUCACUGGGAUUUUUAGCCAUCCCUUCUUUCCUGCAUACACAAACAAUCCAGUACUUGCUGCUACCAGUUACAUGACGCACGUCACAUCUUGCGCAACUGGGGAAAAAACAGAAGGCUGACUAACUGCUUCAAGGUGACUGCAAGCUAAAAUGUAACUCGCACUGCUGUUUGGCAACUUGCAUAAGGUAAGAAGUGUAGAGAGGAAAGGUCUCGGAUUAUAUUCUGCCUCAGAAGUAGGUCACAGAGACACUUACUGUCACUUCAUGAUAAGGUCAGUGGACUGUAAAUUGCACAGAGAAGCCAAACACAUACAGUCACUCCUCAUUUAGGUCAGCGUGGUUUAAUCCCUUCAGCUGUUUGCUUAAUUGCAUCACUCACUGGUGCCUCUCUGCUCGCACACAGUCACAAGUUGAUCGGUGUUGGCAGAUUAAACAUCCAAGUAUAAAAGCUAGUCCAGGUUAGCUGCUGGUCUUUCAUAUAAUUUUACCAUUUUAAAGGUAUCUGAAAAACAUCUCAACAACUUGGAUUUGCUUUGAAAUUGUUGUACAGACAUUUCUUUCAUUCACACCUGAUGAUGAUGGCUCAUGAAAUGUCAACCAUCAGUUAUCAUUCUCUGCUUUUGUUGUUUUAGGGAUGGUUUUUAGUAUCCUAACCCACUGACAUGGUAGCUCCUAAACAUGUUGGAUCUGCCACAGUGAGAGCUGAGAGGGAUAAUAAGAGCUGCUAUUGUCGACUUGCUGACUGUCAUUGUCUGUAUCUCAGCUGACUCCCUUGUCUUUCCACCGUUUCGUCCGUCUCCAGGGAACCCCGACAUUCCGAAGCCCCGGCGCAUCCUGCGCUCCUCAUGGGGCAGCAACCCGUACAUCCGAGGCUCCUACUCCUUCACCAGAGUCGGAUCCAGUGGUGCGGACUGUGAAAAG